AUGCUGUUUCCUGAAUUAACGGACAUUGAAGCUGGCGAUAUCGUAUUUUUCAUGAAAUCUUUGGAAAAAACCGAGAAUGGCGAAUUCGAAGAAGCGAUUGUCACGGUUGCAGCCCAGCCGAUAGCGCAUGUUGGGAUACUUUCCGGUACUGUUGGCCAUUGGUCAUUGAUUCAUGCUGUUCCGGAAUCCGGCGUUUGCGAGCAGCCGUUGACGGAUGUGAUGCAAAAGAUUCGACCGUCUGGGGUUGAAGUGCGCGGGGUACAACUUCCGGUGACCACACGUACCACCGCAUAUCAGUGGGCAAAAUCGAAGAUUGGCGCAAAAUAUAACGAUAUUUUUUCCGACGAAAUGCUCAAUUCUACGGGCAACGAAGCUUUUUACUGCUCUCAGCUGAUUGUUAAAUCGUACGAAUUUGCCGGAAUUGCAGAUUUCUCCCCGCAGCAUCAACUUAAUUUCACCGGCCCAGAUGGGCGAAUUUUGCCCUAUUGGGAAAAUUACUUCAAGAAACUUGAACUGCCAGUACCACAGGGUGCACCCGGAUCGCAUCCGGCAACACUGAUACAGUCUAAAUAUUUAAAAACAAAUUUUGCCAGAACUUGUCAUUAUUCAAUGGCGAAAUUUGUGGUACCUGCAACAAUCGAUUCGGCACUGCAUUUUCUGAAUGGAGCUCGUGUGGCGCUCAAAUCCUUGAAACAAUUCGAAGUAAUACAACCUCGAAAUGGAAAGGUGCUAGUGCAUUGUGCCGCGGCAUCUACUGAAACAGUCGAUGAGGCGAUUAAGGAUGCACGCCAGGCGCAACCAUCCUGGGCGGCACUUAGUGCGCAACAACGCGGUGCUGUUUUGCGAAAAGCUGCUGCUAUUAUUCGGGAUUGUUCGGAGAAAUUAGCAUAUUGGGAGACGGUGGACUGUGGUAAGCCGAUUGAGGAAUCACGCUGGGAUAUGGCCAGCUGCGCGGAUUGUUUCGAAUUCUUCGGCGGUGCUGCACACAAUCUCGCUGGCAACCAUUUUCCUUUGGGUAACAAUAAUUAUGCAUACACGGAACGAAUACCGUGGGGUGUUGUUGGUGCAAUUGGUGUUUGGAAUUAUCCCUUGCAAACAGCAUCUUGGAAAAUCGCUCCAGCACUGAUGUGUGGAAAUGCUGUUGUAUAUAAACCGUCACCACUUGCUCCCGGAGAAGGCGAUACCGGGAAAGCGAUCUGUGAACAUAGUGGCGUUGAUAAGAUAACAUUUACGGGUAGCACGGAAACAGGCACGAAAAUCCUGGCCUCCUGCAGUCUGCCAGGGCGGUUGAAACCGGUCACGCUGGAACUUGGCGGAAAAAGCUCAGUGAUUGUAUUUAAAGAUGCGGACAUCGAUAUUGCUGUAACAGGCGCACUGAUGGCAAAUUUCUUCUCCCAAGGUGAAGUAUGCUCGAAUGCGUCGAAAGUCCUCGUACACCAGUCCAUCUAUGACGAAUUCCAGCGAAAGAUUGUGGAUUUGACGAAAGGUCUAAUUCCCAAUGAUCCGCUACUGGAUGGAACAAAAAUUGGCGCUACCAUCUCCAAAGCACAUCUGUCAAAAGUUAAAGCAUUCAUCGAUGGAGCCUGUCGAGAAGGUGCUAUUUUGCUGUGUGGCGGGGAAGAAGUGAUAGUGAAUGGUCUGGAAGGGGGGUACUACUUGUCCCCAGCUGUACUGACCAAUAUCACCGAGAAUAUGCGAAUUUACCAGGAAGAAGUAUUCGGAGCUGUCAUGUUACUUAUACCAUUUCAGCAAAAUGAGGUAAUUUUUUAUACCCGUGUGGACAAAAAUUCCCAAAAUUCGAUGAUACCAUUUGGUGGUAUGAAGCAGUCCGGUUUUGGACGUGAGAAUGGUGUAGCUGCUUUAGAAGCUUUUUCUCAAAUCAAAAGUGUUUUUGUUAAUGCAGCCAACAAGUUGAACAAUCCCUUUUUAUGA